UACAUUGUGUUUUGAAUAAACUUCAAUCUAAUUGGGAGUUUUUUUCCACGUGAUGUUUUCCAUCCCGCCGAUUGGCUCACAGUUUGGCUAUAUAUGUGUCAUUUGAACUGCAUCUAACGUCUUUUUUAGUAAGACUUCUCUGAGUGCACACGUACGUUUGUUUGGAUCUUUACCUGUUGCGUUUCUUGUUCUCUGUCAUUUGUUUUAGUAUGUUUGUUUAUUUUUAAGCAUUUUUAGUUGUUUUCAUCUUGUUCACUUCUUGUCAUGCAUUCACUAUGCCUGGCAAAGAGUCCAAACGCAAGGCGGAUGCUGCUAAGCGCAGCAAUCGUCCAGCUCCGCCUAUUCGUAUCGGGAUUCCAACGCACAGCAAUGAUGAUGCUAAUUUUUCUGGAACUGGCUUUCGUCAUCGAGUUCGUCGUUGGCCGACUAGUCUGAUUUCUAACAAAGCUCACAAGUUGGUCCUUCCAGAUGAGAUUCCUGAGAAGAAAUUCAUCCUACUUGUUGGGGACUCCCACUUGAGGUCCGUGGCAGACGGCAUAGUCCCUAUGCCGGUUGGCGGCCUCGCUUUUGGUGUGAUGUCCACUCCAGGAGCUUGUGCAGAUCUUCUGCGCCUUGAGGUUUCACAGGCUGUGUUACCUCGGGAGCCUGAUGCUGUUUGCGUCAUGGCUCCUUCUAACAACCUUACGGCCAGCAGAACAGUUGAAGAGGCAGGGGAUGCAUUUGAGCGGUACCUUUUGGCUGUUCUCAGUCGCUGGCCUAAGGUUUUCUGUACCUCCAUGAUUCCCCGUUUAGUUGGAUCCUGGGAGCGUCAAGACCUGUUUCAGCAGGAGUACCACCGCAGAUCGGCUAAGUUAGGUGUAAGUUAUGUGCCGAUCCACGAUGCCCUACCCAGGUACCGUCUUAAACUGUGGUGCCGUGAUGGUAUCCACCUCAGUGAUAAUCACGGGAUGCCUAUACUCACGCAACUGAUGUGGAAUGCCUCCUAUCAGUUCUUGGAGACACACGCACCAAAGCCACUGGUGCAGCACCAGGUGUCUCGUCCGUAGAAAGCGAGUAUUGUGCCCCGUGUGGUUGUGAAGGGUGUGGAACGCAUUCCACCUCCACGCCCUUCCGAAUGGACGUUUGUGAGACCUAGCGGGAAGAGAAACCAUUCAGGGGAAUUUGAAAAGGCUUCUAAUUCCCCCAAGAAACGAGUGGUUGUUUCUAAGGCUGAUGACACUUCAGUGGCCUUGAAGGAGUGUUUCAUCCCCCUGAAUCCCGUUAGGUUCUCACCUUCAAUUCUGGCUGCCAUGGACACGAUUGCUCCAGCGGAUGGUCCCACAGAAUUACAGACUACGUCUGUGCGACAUUUUAAGAAAGCAGCUAGGCGUGUCCAGCAGGAGGUUGCAUCCACACCUUGCAUAAAUCCUCUUGCAGACGUGGAGUCUGUUCGGUCUAGGAAGGAGGUGUUGGACUGUGACCAGCUGCCUUCACCCCACCAUCAGGAGGCAUCUGGUUGUCCUGGGUCUGUCUCUGGGUCUGGUGCUGCCCAUGCUGUGAUGCUUCCUUCUGGCCAUCACGCGCAUGCAUCACCCAGAGGUCAGUCUGCUAACACCCCUUCUUGCGUGCGUUCACAGGUUUUGCUGUCGUCUGUAGUUCCAGAGACAACUGUUCAAAAUCCUGUUGUAAAUAAUUUUGAUGAAGAUAAAACAAUUUUACACAACGAUGAUACAAUUUUAGACUCUGUCCUAGGAUCAUUUCAUCAGGGCGAUGGGCGUUUUAAAUAUGGGGGAGUUCAGUGUGCAGCUAUUACUGUUGUUGCUUUAACAAAGCACAAACAGAAGAGUGUUUUCUCUUGGGAUUUUGCCGUGUUGGAUAACGUUGUUGAGUUAGGAGAUGAGCUGUACACAGAUUUGCGCGACAACAAAAAGAUUAGAGGUGGACAUGAGUUUCUCUCUGUUCCAGACUUGCCAAAGGAAAUUGACAUGGAAGAACAGCGUUUUAAGCUUGUUUACGGGGAUUUCGUUCUAGGAGAUGUAGAUGUAAUUGAAGGCGAGUUAAUAGAUGCUUGUGUGUACACUCCUCUCCUGGAUGGAUUGAAGAAGAUGUGCACACAGUAUGAAACUUGCAUUAUGACAUUAAGUGGCAAUACUUGCGCUAUCAUUUGUGAUAAUGGACGUUUUGCUGUAGUAGAUUCCCAUGCACGCUCCGCAGAUGGUAUGGUAGACCAGACAGGACAGAGUGUAGUUCUGUACUUUGCGAACCUUGAUAAUGUUUUUCAACAUUUUCAGAGGUUUGCUAGUGAACUGGUGGGAUCUCAGAAGUUAUUUGAGAUCACUGGAGUGGAUAUUGUUCAGAUGGACACAUUUAAAAAUGUAUCUGAACAAACAGAUGACAUUGACAUAAACCCUGUUAUUUUUGUUAGUGAUGCUAGUACUAAAGAUUUUCAUUUCAGUCCCAUUUCUACAGACGUGUCACAGGUGUUGAGUAAAUGUCUGAAUGUGAAGUCUGCGAUGGUUGAUGAAUCAUCUCCUGUUCCUUCAUGUAGCACAAGUGUGGUUAACGUUGAUGACAACAGUAUUGUAGACAAUGAUACAAUUUUAAGCUCACUUACAGGAUCAUUUAAUCAGAGCGAUGGGCGUUUUAAAUAUGGCGGCGUUCAGUGUGCAGCAAUUAGUCUUGUUGCUUUAACUAAGCACAACAUACAAAGUGUUUUUUCAUGGGAUUUUGCCAUGUUAGACAAUGUUGUUGUUUUGGGCGAUGAGUUGUACACACAUUUGCGUGACCGUAAUCUAAUAAGUGCUGGGAAUGUGUUUCUUUCUGUUCCAGAAUUGCCAAAGGAAAUCGUUAUGGGCGAACAGACUUUUAAGUUGAAUUAUGGGGAUUUUGUUUGUGGAAAUAUAGACAUAGCUGAAGGCGAACUUAUAAAUGCUGGAGUGUACACUAGUCUUUGGGAUGGUUUGAAUAAGAUGUGUACACAAUAUGAAACAUGUUUUAUUACACUUGGAGACAAUACUUGCGCUUUACUUAAUGAAGAUGGACAUUAUGCUAUUGUUGAUUCACAUGCUCGUUCUGCAGAUGGAAUGGUUGAUCCAAACGGUAAAAGUGUAAUUUUAUACUUUAGUAGUCUUGACAAUGUUUUUGGAUAUAUUCUGAGGUUUGCCAGUAAAUUAAAUGGAACUCAGAAGUUAUUUGAGAUUAGUGGAGUUAACAUUGUUCAGAUGGACACAUUUAAAAAUGUUUCUGAACAAACAAGGUUGCCUCCAACAACAGGAAAGGAGGUUAGACGUGAAGAGUCAUUUCCACUCUCGGAACCAAUCAAGUUACAGACCGAUGACACCGACAUAAACCCUGUUGUUUUUGUUAGUGAUGUUGGCACUAAAGAUUUUCAUUUCAAUCCCAUUUCUAGAGACGUGUCACAGGUUUUAAGUAAACGUCUGAAUGUGAAGUCGGCAAUGGUUGAUGAAUCAUCUCGUGUGAUUGGUGAAUUGGGUGUACCAUGCAUGAAUAAAUCAAUAGUGGCAGAUGGAAACUGUUUUUUUAGAGCACUUAGUCAAGCUGUUUAUAGCACCCAGGAAUAUCAUAGAAAAAUCCGUCUUGCUUUGGUCAAUCAGUUAAAAAAGAAUCCUCAAACGUAUCAAACCAUUUUAAGAAGUGAGUAUUCCUCAGUUUCGCAGUACCUCGCCUCAUCAAGGAUGCAGUACAUUGGCAGUUGGGCAACUGAAGUGGAAAUUCAAGCUGCUGCUGAUUAUUUUGGCAUUAACAUAUUUACUUACUGUAAUGAUAAAUGGCUUAAAUAUACUUCCAAUAGCAUCUUUUCACAGCAGGCUGUUUAUUUGGAGAAUAGUAAUGGUAACCAUUAUGAGACAGUGGUUUGUGUAAAACAACCUAACACAGAAACUUGUUAUGGUUAUUGUGGCCCUGUAAAUAGUAUUUCUGGUAGAUACAAUACUCGACAUGCCCCUACAGAACAUUUAAAAUGUUCAGUAGAAACUGUGACGCUUGAGCCGAGUUCCAUAGAUACAGAUGGUGUUAGUGUUGUUCAUUCAAAAACUUUAUUUACUCCUAUGUCUGCAGAGUUCUGUAAAACUCUGUGUAAUCGGUUGAAAAUUGAUUUUGAGAAACACAAUUCCCAAGAGUCCACAUCAGGUGGGCCUUUAGGAAAUGUGUGCAAGACAGAACAUAUUAUUGAAGAUGGUAACAGUUUUUUUAGAGCUGUAGCUCAUGUAAUUAGUGGGUCACAGAAGGGCCAUCGUAAGAUCAGACUCGCUGUUAUUUCUUAUAUGUCCAAAAAUGCUGAAGAGUGUGAGAAGUUUCUGGGAAAAGAACAUGCUUCUGUGUCAGAAUACAUAAAAAAGUCACAGAUGAAUUAUGUCGGUCACUGUGCUACAGAUGUAGAAUUUAGAACUACAGCCAGUGUUUUAGGAUUACCCAUAUUUAUCAACAAUGGCACAGAGUGGGUCAAAUAUAGUUCUCAAACUGGUAAUUUCGUCACUGAGGGGCUAUAUUUGUCAAACUGUAAUAAUCAUUUUGAACCCAUUAUUUGCAUAAGACUGGGUAAUAAAGAAACAUGCUUUGGGUUUUGUAAAGUUGAUUCUUUGUCAGACAACGUAAACAAACGCAGAAGGUCAACUAUGAUGCAGUUAAAUGCUGACCCAAACAUGGAAAAGGUAAAAACGAGGAAGAGUUUUUCCAGAUAUUUAAAGCAAAAUAAGGCUCAUGCAGAAGCCUCUAAUUAUAAAACGUUAAGUGCAGUUAAAGACAAAAUAAAAAGUCAGAAGAAAAAUGCAUACAAGGAAAAUGUUGCUUACAGAAUGAAAAAGAUCAGCACGACCAAAUUUAAAUACAAAUUUCUUCUUGCACAUAAAGAGAAAGUUAAACGGAGAGCCAAACAUAGGGCCAUUUUCAACUACCAUCAUAAUUUGGCUUACAAAGAGAAAGUUAAACAUAGGGUCAAACAUAGGGCCAUUUUCAACUAUCGUCAUAACUUGGCUCAUCGAGAGAAGCUUAAACAGGUGAGUGUGUAUAAGUAUCAUCAUAACUUGGCUCAUCGAGAGAAGCUUAAACAGAUGAGUGUGUAUAAGUAUCAUCAUAACUUGGCUCAUCGAGAGACGCUUAAACAGGUGAGUGUGUAUAAGUAUCGUCAUAAUUUGGCUCAUCGAAAAAAAAUGAAAGAGUUGACUAGAAAGAAAUACCUUAAUAUUGAGCAUAAAACAUGUUUAAUAGAAAGUAUCCAGCAUAAAAGAAUGCUGAUUAAAUUAAAUGCACAAAACUUUGAUUUUGUUAUAGAUCAAUUUUUAGAGAAAGUGAAAGAUGGACCUGAUUUUGUGUGUUGUGUCUGCUCACGGUUGUUGUUUAGACAUCAGGUCUUAAAUUGUAAUCAAGAAUACUAUAGAAAAACCAAAGAAAUGUCACUUAUAGCAGAUAAAUGUAUAAGUGACAAUCAUCUGCACAUUUGCAAUGAUGCCUGUAGAUUACCUUGCAAAUUUAAAUUAUGUAGAAAUAAACUGUACAUCUGUUACACGUGUCAUUAUAAAAUGGGUAAAUGUCAGAUACCCCCAGAAAGUUCAAUCAACAAGCUGACUGUUGAUCCCAUCCCACCUCAACUGGCAUGUUUAAAUACAUUAGAGCAACAUUUAAUAGCGAUGAAUAUACCAUUUAUGAAAAUGUUGGCUCUGCCCAAAGGUGGUCAGAAUGGGGUUCAUGGCCCGAUCGUUUGUGUACCUGCAAAUAUAGUGGAAACGUGCAGUUUGUUACCACGUACCAACAUGGAGGGGUCUUUAUUACCUGUUAAGUUAAAGCGUAAAUUGACAUAUAAAGGACACUAUGAUUAUCAGUAUGUUGACACACAGCAUGUUCAGGAAGCUCUUCAGUAUUUAAAACAUCAUAAUUUGCAUUACAAAGAUGUAGAGUUCAAUGAGGCUUGGAUUAACACAUUUACUCAGGAAGAUGAGUCAUCUGUCUUGGAAAAGGAUAGUGGUUCUAGUAAAGAUGAAGAUACUUGCAUAGAUGGAGAAGAUGAGUUAUUGCAUGACAGACAGCAGCACUGUAUGUUUCAGGACACCUGUCUCAUGCCAGUAGAUAUAGGACAAGAAGCAUUGGACCAGUAUGUAGAUAACAUAUUAAAUUUAGCUCCAGGUGAAGGUAACAAUCCAGUGAAAUUGCUAUCAGAUUUUACAAAUGAAGCAAAAUGUUUUCCCGUCUUGUUUCCUUCAGGAUCUAAUACUUACUAUGAAAGCAGACAAUUUCGUUUGACUCUGAAUCGGUAUUUCAACAACAGGCUUCUUCAUGUUGAUGGUCGAUUUGCUAACAAUGUAGAGUAUAUAUUUUUUGCGCAGUACAUGUCUGAACUAGAGCAAGUUGUGUCCAAAGUUUCUAUAGCUUUACGUAAAGGUAAAAGCGGUGAGUCUCAGAAGUUGGGUAAUUUGAUACAGGAUCAGGAUUCUUUAAAUAAGCUGUUAGAGUUUGAUGAUGGCUACCGGUUUCUUAAACCAAUUCGCGGCACACCUGCUUUUUGGCAAUCUGCUCAGCGAGACCUCCUGGCCUGUGUAAAAAUGUUGGGCAAACCUACUUGGUUCGCAUCAUUUUCUUCGGCAGAUUUGAGGUGGACUAACCUUCUUUAUAGUAUUUUGAAACAGGAAGGCAGAACAGAGACAGUGGAACAGCUGGAGUGGGCUGAUAAAUGUGACCUCCUACGUAGGAAUCCAGUAACUGCUGCCCGAAUGUUUGAUUUUAGAUGGCAUGUCUUCUUAAGGGAAGUGCUAAUGUCUCCUGCCAAUCCCAUUGGUAAAAUAGAAGAUUAUUAUUAUCGUGUUGAGUUCCAGCAGCGUGGUUCUCCUCACUGUCAUUGCCUUUUCUGGGUUUCUGGUGCUCCCAUUUUAGAUAAGAACACAGAUGAGGAGGUCAUUGCAUUUGUUGAUGAAUAUGUCACAUGUGAACUUCCUUCUGAAGACGAUUCACUACAUGAAGUUGUCUCAUCUGUCCAGCAGCACUCCAAACGGCAUUCAAAGACUUGUAGAAAGAAAAAAACUGUUUGUCGUUUUAAUUUUCCACGACCCGCAUCUGUUAGAACUUUUAUUAGUCGCGGCGAAAAGUAUCAAGAUGCAGUGAAGACUUGCAAAUGUGAUAAAACAGAUAGCACUGUACAGUGUGCCUGUGCGUCUCAAGAUAAAGCACGUAAACAGGAAAUGGACAAAGAAGUAGCAAGUGCCAUUUUAACUAAAGUAAAGACUGCUAUUUCUAGUGAAGACUGUCCAUAUAACAGUGUAGAAGGUCUGUUUCAGGGCCUGGGUAUCAGUCAGGAACUAUUUGAGAUGGCAUAUAAACGAUUUAGUCGAAAUACACAUGUUGUUUUGAAAAGGGAAGUUAAUGAAAUCUGGAUUAAUCAGUAUAGCAAGUUGCUGUUAAAAGCUUGGAAUGCUAAUCUUGAUAUCCAGUAUUGCGUCGAUGCUUAUGCGUGCUGUGUAUACAUAAUAUCUUACAUGUCUAAAAGUGAACGGGAAAUUGGCCUUCUGCUUGCUAAUUCUCAAAGAGAAGCAGCCAAAGAUGGUAAUCUUAGUGCUAAAGAGGCCUUGAAGAGUCUUGGUAACGUUUAUCUUCAUAAUCGGGAUGUUUGUGCUCAAGAAGCAGUCUACAGGCUAACUAACAUGCAUCUAAAGGAGUGUUCUAGGAAAGUUGUGUUUGUUCCCACUGGUGAUAAUAUAGUGAAAAUGAGUUUGCCUAUUUCUGUUUUGAGGCAAAAAGCAGCAUCACAAGAUCUUACUUCAGAUGACAUGUGGAUGACCGGAUUAGUUGAUCGUUAUAAGAAGAGGCCAAAUGAUGAUGUGUUCAAUGAUAUGUGCCUGGCUACGUUUGCAUCAGAAUAUCGUGUUUUGAGUAAAAACGAAAAAUGUAGAAAUCCUAUAAAGUUAAGUAAUGAUUUAGGAUUUGUUACAAAAAGAACUCGGACUAAACCAGCGGUUGUUCGUUACGCGCGUUUCUCUGAAACGAAAGACUCAGAGAAAUUUUAUCAAAGCAUUUUGCAGUUGUUUUUACCGUACCGCCAUGAUAGUCAACUUAAGCUUAACUGUGAAACUUUUGAGGAAUUUUACAGAACUGGUUUAAUUAGAUUUUUUGAUAGAACAAACCACUCGGUAAAGGCUGUUGUAGAUUUAAAUCGGGGUAAAUUUGAGUUGGAAUCUGAUCAUUUGGAUGCUGUGAAUAAUAUAGUCGGUGAUGUAAUUUUAGAAGAUGCAUGGUGUGAGUUGUGUCCGGCAGUUGAAAUGGAACGUUUAGAGUGUGUUGAAAUACUGAAAGAAUCAGAACCAACAGUAAGUGACGAGGCAGAAGUAAUCCCAGAUUUGGCUCCAUGUUCAAACCAAACUGCACAUUUAGAGAAGAGAAACACGAUGAGUAGAGGUGAAGGUCUGGCAUUGAUUAGGUCUUUAAAUGAAAAACAGUUUUCUGUUUUUAAUCAAAUCAGGCAGUGGUGUGUAGAUAGAGUUAAUGGUAAUAACCCUGAACCACUGCAUGUUUUUGUUACAGGCGGGGCGGGCGUUGGGAAAAGUCAUUUAAUUCGAGCAAUAGAAUAUGAAACACAGAGAUUACUGUCACCAAGCUGUAGACAUCCUGAUAAUGCAUGUGUAGUAUUGGCAGCUCCUACUGGGAUUGCAGCAUAUAAUUUAGGUGCAACAACAAUCCACACUACACUGUCUAUAGGAAAGGAUGUACGGUUACCGUACACUCCUCUGGGUGAAGAAAAACUAAAUUCUUUACGUACAAAAUAUUGUGAUUUGCAGCUUCUUAUUAUUGAUGAAAUAUCAAUGGUCGAUCAUAACCUAUUGUCCUAUGUUCAUGGUAGAUUACGUCAAAUUAAACAAACGGGUGAUUUUUCACCUUUUGGAAAUGUCAGUGUAGUGGCUGUUGGAGAUUUCUUCCAGCUACCUCCUGUUAAAGGGAAGCCACUCUAUUCUGAUGGUGUAGGUAGCAACUUAUGGUCAAGCCUAUUUAAAGUUGUACAGUUAACUGAAGUCGUUAGACAGAAAGAUGCUGUGUUUUCUGGACUGCUAAAUAGAAUCAGAACUCAUACAAAAGGUACACCAUUGUUACCUGAGGAUUUAAAGGUUUUAAAAACUUGUGAAACAGGUGAGGCAAGCUCAGCAUUGCACAUAUUUGCAACAAAUAAUCAAGUAAAUAAUCACAACAUCCAUCAGUUAUGUCACGUUUGUCCUGAUUACAUAUCAAUUACAGCCAAAGAUUAUGUUAAUGAUAAAAGAACAGGCAAACUGAAGUUGUUGGAAGGGAAUCAUGCCAGAGCUUCUAAUACUAACUUGUCAGAAGUGUUACAGUUGGGUAAGGGUGCUCGUGUAAUGUUGUGUAAAAAUGUGGAUGUCAAUGACGGUUUGGUAAACGGAAUUUGUGGUACUGUGACAGAAAUGGUAAUGUUAGAAAAUGACACCUUUCCUAAAAAGGUUUAUGUUCUGUUUGAUGACCAUCGUGUAGGCUUGCAGAGGAGGAACAACUCCCAGUCUCUGUCAUCAAAUUUAGCUGGAUCUACACCUAUUGAACCCGAGGAGGAAAGGGCCACUGUUAAAGGUGGAUUACGUCGACAAUUUCCUCUUAAAUUAGCUUGGGCGGUUACGGUUCAUAAAGUUCAGGGACUCACUCUUGAAAACGCCGUUGUUAGUUUUAGGAAAAUAUUUGCACCAGGUCAAGCAUAUGUAGCACUUAGCCGUGUAACAAGUCUUUCAGGACUCACAAUUCAGGACUUUGAUGAAAAACGAAUCUAUUGUAAAGAUGACAUCACAGUUGCAGUUAACGAAAUGACCCCUUUUUUGACUCCAAACUCACAGUUCGACAGAUUUAACUCUUCUGCAUUCACUGUGUUUUUAAUGAAUGUCCAAAGUCUGAAUCGACACGUUAAAGACUUGGCUUUCUGCACACAGCAUUUGCAACCUAAUUGCAUUGCUGUCACAGAAACAUGGGUAUCUACAGACAGAUCAGAUGCAGUACAGAUUGAUGGCUAUAGUUUUUACAACUGCCCACGAGGUUUAGCUUAUUCUAGUACCCAUGAGUCAUUGGUUGCUUUUCAAGAACAACAACAUGGUGGUGUUGGCUUUUAUACUGCAGAUGGUGUGGCAUUUAAAAUGUUGCAGGCUCCAGACGUCAACUUGGAGAGUUUAGUGUAUAGCUUUGUUAACUUACACAUAGUACUUGGACUCAUUUAUCGACCUCCUUUGUAUCCCCUUUCUUUGUUUAAAGUAAAUUUAACAAAGUUGCUUGACUGGCUGGAGGUACAAAGUGAGACAUUAGUACUAAUGGGAGAUUUUAAUGAUGACAUUUUAAAAUCAUCAACAAUAUUAAAACUUUUGACCGACAGAGGCUAUGCCCAAAUAGUCAAACAGCCAACAACUGAAAAAGGCACUUUAAUAGAUCAUGUCUAUGUAAAAUCCAACAAGUAUAUAACAGAAGCAUCUGUUAUUCCAACAUAUUUUAGUGAUCAUCAGGGCAUCAUGUGUGAUUUUACACGGCUUUAGUUUACCUCAAAAACCAGAUUUAAUUUGAACAACACCUGACUGCAGAAUUUGUAAUGUAAAGAUGUGUGUGUGUGUGUGUGUGUGUGUGUGUGUGUGUGUGUGUGUGUGUGUGUGUGUGUUCUAUUUUAGCUUUACUUUUACUAAUAUUUCACCUUUCCUUACAUGAGCUAUCUCUACUGAGAGCAAAGUCAAUUUCGUUGUACACCUAUGCAAUGACAAUAGAACUUAUAUAUAUAUUGUCCAUAUAGUCUGUCAGAACUUUUCUACAUGAAAUAUAUUAGAUGUAUUGUUUUUAAGCAGUGUACAUGUUACGAUGCCGUUGAGGGGUUGUGCACACUCAGGACAACUUCGCUGCCGCGUUCCAUGUGUGAAAGCAGGGGUUGCAGGACAAUGUGUGCACAGGAGUGUAGCAAGAUUUUUAAACUGAGUGUUGAAAUUUCUCUGAUGCAUAUAGGUGAGAAGUGUUACAUUCACAAACUAUUUCGCUGUCAUGACAGCAACGAAGAGGGUAGUAACACGCGGAACGUUUUGGUGUCGUGCAUUUGUCAUGGCACUAGAAUUUCGGGUGUGGUGCAGCACCACGCCUAUGUAGGAAAAACCACUGACUGCUGCUUUAUGCUUCACCAUUUCUGUGAUUUCUUCAAUUUUCAUGUCCCCUACUGACCUAGUCAAAAUAACAUUGAGCCAUUUCCCACCUUCUCUCAGCUCUAGAAUGCUCUUUCCCCUUCUCCUCUGAAUUAAUCCCUCACCCACAUUUUAAUCAAACUAAAAACAUAUCUGUCCAGAUCAGGAAUUAAUACACUAAUUUUAUUGUUUUUGUGUGUGUGUGUGUGUGUGUGUGUGUGUCAUCUUCUUUGUUGCAAAAUGUCUAGGAUGUAUUGGAAAGCUUUCAAACAUGUAUUUUUUACAUCAAAAUUAAAUGUGUUUAAAAGCUUUCUAAAGGUUUCGUUUCCUGCAUUAAGAUGGCAUUUACUGAAAUUAAACUGAAAACCUUUAGUACAAUUGGCUUCUCAUUCAUCACUAUUGAGUGAUGUAACAAUUAAACACCAAAUUAUGCAUAAUGUUAAAAAUUAAACUGGUGAAUUUCAUGCUGUUUUAAUGCAGGGUUUGCUUUACCUGGUAAAAUGCACAAAAAAGCAAAGGCAAUGGUCUGGUCUCCCACUUGUGGGACAGGGUUCAAAUCCCUGUGUUGCCCUGCUAAUUGUGUUGAUUACUGGAAAAACUAUUAUUCAAAAAGGCAAAAAACAAUAAAAAUUAAGUUUAAAAUUUUUCUUGCUGCAAUUCACCCUAGAACUAAACACACAUUUUGAUUUCAAGGACAACUGAUAAGAUCACACCCAUGGGCAUUUAUAGCCUGCUUUUGGGGGUGCUGAAGCACCCCUAAAUUCAUCUCUAGCACCCCUAACAUUUAACAUUUAUUUAUCUCUUUAUUUUUACAAUUUAUGGUGAUUUUUCACACAUUACUAAUAUCUAAAAACAAUAGGUCAAAACAUUGUUUAACAAACAAUAAUAUAGCAAAUCUCCCCUGUCUCAAAAAUGGUUUGAUCCUGCCUACCUUUCCAGCCUCUACUCUGAGCCUUCCUGAGUGACUGACAUGCUGCCAAUAGGGACCUCGUUCCUUUCUGUAGGACAGUCCUGAAUUUACAUUAUUUUUCACAGGUCUUUGAAUCUUGCAUAAACUGAUUGUGAGGCAAAAACAGCAGCUGUCAAUCAAACUAGGAGAUGGGACUUUGAUGCAGGUCUGGAGCGCGUGCCACUCAUGAACCUCUAUACCAAAUAGUAACGUCAGAGUGGUCCAGGACUCAUGGGAGAUGUGACUGGAAGAGUGAAAAGAUGUGAAGCAAGCAUUUUAUUUGUGGUCGGAAAUGACUGGAAACAUGGGUUUAGAAGUGGCAAGUGCAUGGAGGAGAAUGAGAGACAAAUUUGUCUGUGUUAAAAAGUCUCCUAUAUACAAAAAAACAAUAUAAACACAUUAUCUUGGACCAGAUACAUGACAGAAUACCACAGAACGACGCUACGCCCUCUGUAGUCCUGCCGGGGAAUUGCUUUGCAACACUCCCCAGAAGACAGAAGUAUGAGAGCAAAACGCUUCCGUCAAGCCGUGCGUGUCUGUCCCUUGCGGAGCUGACGGAGAAGAAUGAAUCAGGCUUUAGUUUAGGACACUUUGUUACUGAAAAAGGUAUUUUUAAACUUGGCUUAUUCGGAAAUGUUUAUCCAUCCAAAUGCUACAACACAGCUAGCAUCUGCAGAGGCAUCAGCUUCUUUCAACCUGCUCCUGGCAGCCUCUGCCACCCUACACCAGGUACAGAACUGUCUUAUUACAUAUGCAAAUGUGCAAUCUCUGGUUAUUAAAAUGAUUUAAUUCUUAAAUAUUUUAUCCUUCAGCAUCUACACUGCACCUACUACCUACUAGCAGCUCUGCCACUCCAAACCUGGUAUACACAUCUCAUCCCAUAGAUUUAGAAUAUAGUGUAUUAUGACUCCUGUGUGUUAAUUCGAACUCCAACCUCCAUUCGAAACAGAAACGAUGCAAAAAUCAAGAAAGGGGCAUAGCUCACCAAGCGCCCACGUCUCGUUAGUUUCAUAGGAAACAACGAAAGUCCCUGCUUCAGAGUAUGAGCUAAAACUGUUCUAGGAACUACAGGAAAAAACUUCCUAGUUCCAAUCUGUUCAAACACAUCACAAGCCAAAUAUAAUGCCAUUCUGACCUUGUCUUUAGAAGUUAAUAAAGUUUGAACCCAUCUAGGGUCCGCUGUGACCAUUUACAACUAAAUCCCAUAGAGCUCAUCUUUGGUUAUCAAACAUUGUUUUCUGUUAAUUUGGCAUCAAUCAAAUGUUGCAUGGGUCAUCUAAAGACAAAAAGCUGUAAGUGCAUGGAAUUAAAGUUAUUUGAACAAGUGAACACACACAUGUGUUGAUUGCAGUUGUGUGAUGACUCCCACAAAGUUAGAUAUAGUUUGGAGCUUUUUUGCAGAAGUUACAAAGGUUUUAUUGUAUCUAGGGGGCGCUAUUCCAAAUUUAGGAAAUAUUCCAUGAAGAAGUUUGUGGGUUGAUAACAGCCAUUUGUGUGCAGUUUGGUGUGAAUUGCAUGAUGCAAGUGUUAUUCAGGGCCUAAUAAAUGUCAGGGGGAGGAGCUAAAGCAAUAUCAACCAAUUGCUACAGGAUUGUGUUGGGUGCCUUUGUGUGAUGACACAUAGCAAGUUUGGUGCAGCUACGACCUCGUCUGUAGGAGUUAUUACAGUUUUAAUGGUGUGUAGGGGGCGCUGUGGUGACAUUACACAACGUUCACCAACCGUGUGUGCCUCGUUGAAUAAAGGGCAUGAUUGUUGAU